AGACAGCAGCUUCGAGCGCCGACAAACUCAAAGCAGAAGUGAAAAUGAGCUUGUAGCCCCUCAACUCACCAGCAGCACACGAAAUAGAUAACCCAGCGCAAGUUUUCCGUUUAAGGAGAAGACGCUCCAACCUUAACCCGUCCUCUGUUAACUGUUGUCAAGGUCUUUUCGCUCCAUUAGAUGCGGCUCUGACGGCGUGGACUCGCAGCAGGGUGCCAGAAAUGGCAAAGCAGGAGAUGGAAUGUCAACCUUCUGAGAUAAUGGAUGAUGACAGUGAGGCACUGUGGGAAAAUGUUGAGAGCAACCGACAUGUUUUGACACGUUACAUUAACCCUAACAAGCUGACCCCAUAUCUACGGCAGUGCAAGGUCAUUGAUGAGCAAGAUGAGGAUGAGGUGCUUAACUCCCCCAUGCUUGUAUCCAAGAUUAACAGAUCAGGCCGUCUACUGGACAUUUUACAUUCUAAAGGUCAAAGAGGCUAUGUGGUUUUCCUUGAAAGCCUGGAGUUUUACUAUCCUGAUCUCUACAGACUUGUAACAGGAAAAGAGCCUACGCGAAGAUUCUCAACGAUUGUGGUGGAGGAAGGUCAUGAGGGUCUGACACAAUUCUUGAUGAAUGAAGUGAUCAAAUUGCAGCAGCAAGCAAAGGCCAAGGAAGCAAUGCGUGUUGAACUACUGGCAAAGCAACGGACCUUGGACGAUGACCACAAGAAGAUGCGAACCCUCAAGCAGGAACUUGUCGCUAUUCAAGAGCGCUUCAACAAGAUGAAGGAAGAAAGAACCAACUACUGUGAUGAGCUUUCAAAGGUCAAAGAUGACAAUUACAAUCUUGCGAUGCGUUUUGCUCAGCUGAGUGAGGAGAAGAACAUGGCUGUCAUGCGGAGCCGUGAUCUACAGUUACAGAUUGACCAGUUGAACCACAAACUAAAUAAGGUGGAGGAAGAAUGUAAAAUGGAAAGGAAACAGUCCCUAAAACUCAAGAAUGAUAUUGAGAACAGGCCCAGGAAAGAGCAGGUUCUGGAGUUGGAACGAGAAAAUGAAGUGCUAAAGAUGAAAAUCCAAGAGCUUCAGUCCAUUAUACAGCCUGGAAAACAGAUCCUUCCAGAAUCUGAGAAAGCCAUCCUGGAUAUCCUGGAACAUGACCGUCAAGAGGCUCUAGAAGACCGCCAGGAGCUUGUGAACCGACUGUAUAAUUUACACGAGGAGGUCCGACAGGCAGAAGAGCUGAGGGACAAAUAUUUGGAAGAAAAGGAAGAUCUGGAGCUGAAAUGUUCAACCUUGGUAAAAGACUGUGAAAUGUACAAAAACCGCAUGAAUACCAUCAUGAUACAAUUGGAAGAGGUUGAAAAAGAACGUGACCAGGCCUUCCGUUCUCGAGACGAUGCCCAGACACUAUAUUCCCAAUGCCUGGUUGAUAAAGACAAAUACCGCAAGCAGAUCCGGGAGCUGGAAGAGAAAAGUGAUGAACUACAUAUUGAGAUUGUCAGGAAAGAGGCAAAAAUUGUCAACUUGGAGUGUAAACUUAGACGCAUGUCGAAGGACACAAACUGUCUGGAUCAGAGUUUACCUAGAAAUGUCCCUCCAACAGUCAUAUCACAGGUGUUUGGUCAGCCAAAUGCAAAGACUAAUGGCCAAGAACCAGUUGAAGAUGAUUCCGAUGAGGAUUUGGCUGAAAAUGACUUUUUCACAAGUGAGCCUUCGCCAUUGAAGCGCAGACCAAACCUGAAGGGAUUGGUGAUCAGGUCAAAAUCACCAAUUAACGCUAUGAAGCCACCUGACUUUCAAGCUGCAACCUCUUCCAUAAGCAUGAAUGGAGAUUUGUCAGAUGUAGCCAGUCCUGGAGUGGACACAAUUUCUUCCAAUACAACCACCUUCAGUAAUUCCUCCAGCUCUGUCAAUGGCUUUGAAGUACUUAACAAACUUGCAUCGAGGUUUCGAAACGACAGCAUCAUGUCCACUAUACCCGAACCUCCUGGCAAUGACUCCAUUGUAAGACGCAAUAAGGAAGGUGACCACGAUACCUUGCCAAGAAGCUUUUUGGAUACUGAUGGAGACAGUGGAGAUAACAUCGACUCCUUUUAUGAUGAAGAACAUGACAGAAUUUCCUGUGGACCAGCAUCAAUUCACUCCUCUUCCUCCUCACAUCAGUCUGAAGGCCUUGAUUCCUACGACAUGGAGCAAAUGAAUAGCAUUUUUCGGAAAUUUUCACUUGAAAGACCAUUCCGUCCUUCAGUGACUUCAUUCAGUCGCUUCAGCAACACGAUGAGACCGGUCCAGGAGGUCACGCUGCUUGGAGACAACCUGCUUUCAGAAGUCACUUUAGUGGGAGGGAAUGACAGCGGCAUAUUCAUUUCUUCUGUUCAGCCUGGCUCAAGUGCCGACAGAGCAGGUCUGAAAGAAGGCAUUCACAUCCUAAUGCUUGAAGGUCACAUCAAGGGAGACGUCCAGCAGAUUCUUCUGGACAACAGCACAAAGGAAGAGGCACACUGGACACUGCAGAAGUGUACUGGACCAGUCACACUCCACUAUAAAUCAAACUGUGACGGUUACAGAAAGCUCUUAAGAGACUUGGCAGAUGGCACAACGACAUCUGGAGACUCUUUCUAUGUGCGCUUAAACCUCAACAUCUCUGGCCAUUUGGACAGCAGCUCUCUAAACCUGAAGUGCGAUGAGAUUGUACACAUUCUUGAUACCAUGUACCAAGGAAAAUGUGAAUGGCUGUGUGCCCGAGUGGAUCCGUUCAACGAUAAAGAUCUGGAAAAAGGGCUGAUCCCCAGCUAUAGCAGGGCGCAGCAAUUGCUUCUGGUGAAAAUCCAAAAGUUAAUGUACAGAGGGAGCAGAGAUGAAUCGGACAAUCAAUACAGCACACUACGCGGGCUCCGAAACACACUACAACCAGAAGAACCAGCUCCUCAGUCAGACCCAAAAUCCAGCCCACGUCUGUCCAGAGCAAGUUUCUUCAUUGGGCAGUUGUUGCAGUUUGUUAGCAGGGCUGAAAACAAAUAUAAGCGGAUGAACAGCACUGAGAAGGUGAGGAUUGUUAGUGCACUGCCCUCCACGCUUCCACGGUCAAGCUUUGAACCCACAAAACAAGAGGAUUUGGACAAUUAUAACGAACUGAACAAGGCCCUUAAUCUCAUCCCCUACAGCUUGGUCACGCCAUAUCACUGCCAGCGUAAGCGACCAGUCCUCUUCUUUCCGACCACUCUUGCCAAGACUCUAGUGCAAAAACUUCUCAAUUCUGGAGGAGCCAUGGAGUUCAAUAUGUGUAAACCAGAUAUCUUAACACGGGAAGAGUUCCUCCAGAAGCAAAAGAUUGAGCCUCUGGUGUUCUCCAAGGAAAGAAAUUCUAACACAUUUGAAUGCAUCACAGCAGACCACAUUGAGGCUGUUGCUUCCAAGAAUAAACAUUGUUUGUUAGAAGCAGGCUUGAGCUGCACCAAAGAUCUCAUCAAGAGAGAAAUUUAUCCUAUUAUUAUCUACAUCAAAGUCUCUGAGAAAAAUGUCAAAAAAUUCAGGAAGCUGCCAUUAAGACUGGAUUCUGAAGAUGAAUUUUUGAAAAUCUGUCGCUCAAAAGAAAAGGAGUUAGAAGCUCUACCGUGCCUCUAUGCUUCUGUAGAGAUAGACAUGUGGAGCAAUAUUGAAGACCUGCUGAAGGUGAUCAAGGAGAAGAUCCUAGACGAACAGAAGAAGACCAUCUGGAUUGAACAGGAUCAGCUGUGAUGUCUCAAAGCAAAUCCAUUUAUUAUCCAUGAGAGACACCACACUCAACCACAUGAGCCUCCAGGGACUUAGAAGCGUAGAUCUUGUGAGACAGUGAUGGCUCUACACAGCUUAUAAAGGGCAUGAUCAGCUUGAUGCCAUUCAAGCAGCAGAAUACAUCUAUUCAUUCUGCUCUGUUGUGUGCACAAUGCUAAAAACAAAUGGUGUGAUGCAGUAGAUCACAAACCUGUAAAUGGAAUCCAUAUGCAAAGGAAAGAAAAACUGAUGAAAGAAAUAUGAAAGUGCCAUACAGUACCAUACUCUCAUCUAACGUGUUUGCAGUGUCACAGUUUAAGCGGCAUUUACUUUACAGUGCAAUAUUCCUACAAGAUUAAACAAGUGCGCCACUAACCGUUAAGGCCUUGUGUGAGCCACAAUGGAUGAUAACACAAACAACAGCAGCCAUGUGGCUUCCCAAAAAAACUGAACCCUGGAAGCUUGAACAUGGAGGCCUCUGCUUUAUAGCUCUAUAAGGAUCUACUAAUGCCAUACCUGCAGAAAAGAAAAGACUAGCCUGCCACUGCAAUAGGAAUUAUUAUUAUUUUCACUACAAACUCUUUAAUCCUUGUAUUCUGUGGAAUCAGGGUCAAGAAAGAAUGUGCCCAACUGAAAUGUUCCUGUCUGUGUUCUUCUGUCCUUUCUCAGUGCUUACAUUAUUUUAUUGGAGGACACAGGAUACAUGCCAUGUUGACGUUUCUUCAGUCAUGGCAAAAAUUGGACAGUGGCUACCAUCUCAGAAUGAAAAGAAAAGGUGUCCAAAACAAGCCGUCAGUCUUUACAGGCAUAGACAAAACAAUGGAGACAUCUGACCAUAUAUUAAUAUAAGGGACCUAAUGAGGAGAAGGGACACCCUUUGUCUUCAGAACUGUUAAAAGUCCUUCUUCAACUGCUGUCAAACAAGUUCCGAGUUUUCUGUGUGUCAUUCAUCGAAAAGAAAGUCCACCAGCUCUUUGAGGGAUGCAGGAGGAGGAAAUUGACUUCACAAUCUGUGCUGCAGAACUUCACAUAAUGUUCAGUGAUGCUGAGAUGUGGGGAUUGGGGAGGCCAUGGAAGGAGCUUGGGUUCAUCAUGAUGUGCAUGGAUUCAGUUUUGAAUUAAUUUUGUAGUGUGUAUAGUGACAUCUUGGAAUAGGAGAUCAUCACAAGGAGCAGUAGGUGCAUGCUAGGGUACAUCUACUGCUGUACGCUGGCUGCAUAUUCCUAAGCCAUUAUACAACCGUGCAGAGAUAUCAUAGGAUUCAUUGACUCCAUACCAUUUUCAAUGCCCUACCGUAUUUAAUAGUUAGCAAUAGACACUGUAGGUAGGGUCAGAGAUGACCCAACCAACCAGAUUACUUUUUCCCGUUGCAGUGGGGUCCGGGUUUUGUGCUCCUAACACCAUUUUAUGUGUCUAUUUAUUCGCUGUCCUUCAAUACAAGCAGUUUCUGAACGGCAGCCUUCUGUGCAGCUUGUGAGGUGCAGUUUUUUUGUUGCUGAGACUGGACCACAGAGGUGUGGAUUCAAUUCUGUGGUAAACUCUGAGGCUGUACUUUUGUGGAAUUUAUCGACUGUCCCCUGAAGUGUCCUCCUAUGCCUGUUAGUGAGUUUCGACUUACCAGCGUUAUUUGUCCAUGUUCGGCAUAUGCUGUAGCUGUUCUUCUUGACGCAUUAAAUCAUUUUGCAGCUUUUAUAACUUGUUCAUCUGCAGUUGUGUGCACCAGCUAUUUGGCUUCUUUGGAACUCUGUCUGUUGCUUCAUGUUUCUUUGAACAACAACAAUAUUUAUUUCUGGAGCGCAUUUUCAUACACAGGAUGUAUCUCAAACAGCUUUACAAGAAAUAGUAACCAGAAAAGAAAAAUGAAUUAGGUAAGAAUAAUAAUGCAUAAGUAACUCAAAAGUGUUAAUUGUUAUAGCUGACAGAUAUGACUGCUUGACAGUCCACCUGGUACGACCCUUUGUGAUCGAACUUGAAAGUGCAAUGAAAAAGAUGUUUAACUUUGGCAUUCCAGUUAUUUUGCACACACCAAAUGUGGGACCUUUCUUGAUGAACUCCAUUCAAACGUUUUUGUGUAGAACACACCUUAUUUUUAUGAAGAAAGGACAGGCAUAUUCAUCUAAGACGCUGUGGUCUGUAGGGGGCACUCCAGCUCCCCAAACCCGACACAGACAGACGCAGACACAAGUCCAGCACAACUAAAGCUUUUAUUUGGGAAACGCUUCCCUUAAGCGUUUCCCAUGCCACAACCGCAAGUUACAGAAAGCACAAGCAGGCACACAGCAAUUUUCUUUGUCUUCUCUCCUCUCUGUCUCUUUCUGCCUCCAUUCCUCCCAACUCUUGCUCCUGGAGUUGAGGCAGCAGGCUCUUGUUAUGUAACACUCAGGAGCACUUCCAGUGUCCCAUAAGCAUGGUCCAGAAGCACUUCCAGGGCAGGUGGAAGCCUGACAAAGUUGGGCAGUCCCUACAGCACCCCCUGGUGGAACCCCCCAGAACCCAUCAGGGCUGAGUCAGCAAAUGCCAAUUCCCAGUGUACUCUGUGGAAAUCCAUGGUGCUGUAGCAACGCUGGGAGGCUGCCACCUAGCAAUCCAGGGUAGAUAAUGCCAUGAGCAUACUCUCUCCCACAGGUUCUUCCUUCAUGAAGGCGUCCCUGCCAUCUGCCACAAUGUACAAUGCAAUGGGCAGAGCUGGCAAUGAAAUCUAAACCUAUCUUCUUGUAGCAGUCCUGUACCAAUGCUAAACCCCAGCCAGGACACUUCACAGGGCUGUACAUUUGUUCCUUUAUUUCUAGAAUGCUGUAAUGUCAUUCAGAGUCACACGGUGACACAGUGGUUGGUGGGAAUGAAGCUGCCAUCUUGUGCCUAAAGGUCACACUGCCUGCCUUAGCCACUUUUUAACUAAGUGUUUUGAAUAUAUAGUGCUACCUAAUUCUGUAAUGGCCUGGUGGAGCUCUGGUUGAGUUCCAGCUUGUAUUUUGGCUGUUCCCUGUCUGAAUGGUCACAGAAGGGACACAAAAUGCCCCUUAGCUGAAUUUGCAGAAUGACUCUUUGGCUAGGUGUUGAUGUAUCCAGCAGAAUUUACAUACAAGAAUCAAGGGUGAAAUAUGCUUUUUCAGCCCGUUCCACCUCACCUCCAUUGCUGGCCUGUCACUGUGGAUGCACUGGAGAAGUUAUAAAAUGAGAUUCCUUGAGAAAAGACUUGGUGAUUUCUGAUUAUCAUUUCAUGAAGUAGCACUUUGAAACUUGGACACAAGGAGUGUGAAUUCAAUCGCCUGUGCAGUACUGACAGAAUGUAGCAAUCUCCAUAUUACCCAUGUGUCCAUGUUGCUUUAACUACUGAAUGAGUUUUUUAACCUGCCUUUUUUAACAAAAUUUUGUUUAUAUUUUUUGUAUAAAAAUGUGCCAAAUAAACCAUAUUGUAUGUGA